ACCAGCGCACCCCUGGAGGUCGUGCUGCUGGCCAAGGUGUCCACUGGCUUCCCCGGUGUGGUCCAGCUGCUGGAGUGGCUCGAGCUCCCCAACUGCAUCGUGAUGGUGCUGGAGCGGCCAGAGCAGUGUCAGGACCUGCAGCGUUUCAUUCAGGCACGGCGGUUCCUGCCCGAGGAGGAGGCGCGGGAGCUGUUCCGCCAGGUGCUGGAGGCCGUGCGGCACUGCACCAGCUGCGGGGUCCUGCACAGGGACAUCAAGCCAGAGAACAUCCUGGUUGACCUGGACACCGGGCAGGCCAAACUGAUUGACUUUGGCUGUGGCACCUACCUGCAGGACACAGUC